UCGCCCUCAACGGCCUAUCCCUCGACUCUACCCGCCCCCUCCUCUCGUCCGCUCAACCUCUCCCACAUCCGACCCGCUCUCCCGUCCGGCCCUCUCGACCCCAUCGCUCGCUGUACUGCCCUCCCCGCUCUCCUCGCACGAUCUCAUGCCCACUGGCCCACCGGCCGGCUCGCCCGCAUCGUCCACAUCGCCUCGCGCAUCGCAUGCGUUGCCUGGACCCACGCUCGUCUCACCCGCAUCUUCCACUCGACGUCGCGCUCGCCUACUCGCUACAGCUUGACACCACCCACCAUCCCGGCACGUCCUCCGCCUCCUCCACCUUCGUCAACACCUCUGCCUCCGACGCCUCGUUUGCCGUCACCACCACCACCGCCGCCGCCUCCGCCUCCUCCACCUCCUCACGCCGCUCCACCGAGUCCUUGCGCACCAGGCCCAGCGCCAACCGCCGCGACCGCGACCGGACCUCGCAGGACCGCUCCAAGUCGAUGUCCGCGGCGAGCACCGCUCACAUACGCGCUGCCCUCCUCGACCAGGCCUCCGCUGCCGCAUCCGCAUCCGCAUCCUCGCGCACCGGCCGGCCUUGCCUUCCCCCAGCGUCACGCCCCCCUUCACCCUUGGCUGCUGUAUGAGCGGUACAGGACGGAGAAACUCCGCGCGACGCAGAAGAUCGGCGAGGAGGAGACGCGGCGGCUGACGCACCCCCAUCGUCUACCCUGCACUCUUCUCCCGCGUCGCCGAGGCCUUCCGCGUGCGCAUCUCCCUCGCGGAGCGCUUCAAGGACGGCCUUGCCUGCCCGACUCCGCUGCCGACGUGUACGGGCCCAGGACCCGCGUCCUGAGCCCGUUCUUGAGCUGCGACAUCCCCUGCCUUUGUGCCCGCGCUCAGCAAGUUCAUCCUGCCCCUGCGCCCCGACUCGGCGUCCAUGCAGGAGAGCGGCUCCUCGCCCUCGCACGAUCCCUCCUCCACCGACUCGCCGUUGCCGUCGCUAGGUGA